GCGAGGGUCACUGAAGCUCUCGCGAGCAUUUUCCUUGCGGGAAUCGGAGUUUUAAAAACAAUGACUUUAACCGUAAAGCUAUUUUCGCUUUUAGUCUCGCGAUUUAGUGAGAAGAUAAGGGAAGAGUGUUUGAGAUAACUUUCAUUGACUGUCCACCUGGACUUAUUACUUUAAGGAAUUCUAUCAGAAUUAACAAAUAAUUUUAUAUUUCUCAACGGAAUCAAAAUUCGAAAAUAAUGGGCUGGGUUCUUACAAGUUUAGGAGCUGGUUUAGCUAUUAUUCUUAUUGCCGGUGUAGCGCUUGUGCUCUGUAAAAACAGGACACUUGACAUAAAUAGAUACUUCAUUAGUUGGCAAUGUGGAAUUAGAAGCAUUUGGAGUAUUUGUGAAGAAUGGAGGCAAAGAUUAUCAUGGUUGUGGGCUCCACGGGAAGAAAAGGUUGGCUUAGUAAAAGCGCAGCAUCCCACUGCUCAAGCUGUGCCAGGUAUAUACCGCAAAAAUGGAAGUACAUCGCAAUAUUUAUUGCACAGUGAUAGUGACCUCACACUUGAUGCUCAAGGAUCGUUUACACGUUUUGAAGCAGUCGAUAGAGAUCUUCAUCCACCUUUGGGAACAGGAAAUACGAUACCUCCGCAACCAUUGAGACCAGCUCCUCAAUCAAGACCAAUUUCUCGUCCCAGACCUUCCCCUCUUCAUGCACCAAAUGCAAUAGAUUGUUUCAGACUUCAGGAUUCAAGUCAUUGUCCAUUAACUCCACCUCCAUUUCUAUCAAACAUGCCUCCCUCACAUCCUACAGAGCCUUCCGUUUUUCUCUUCCAAAGUCAAGACGUUAAUGGUUACGAAGAACAAAUGAGAUCGAAAUUUGAAAGUUACUCUCCUUUCAAACCUGAUAUGUAUGCAGUUCAAAAUCAGCCUGAUAUGAGGCCACCGAAUUUUGAUCGCAGGUAUAACAUUGGAGUUCAUAAAGACCGGGAGAAGGACCUAUCAACUAUUGGAAAUAGUACCUACAGACAAUAUAACCACGUUGAUGAACCCACAAAGAUUAGAUACAGUGUUCAAGGUGCACCAAUUACAGAGCACGAAUUGAAUUUGGAAUAUGAUGAUCAUGAUCAUUUUUGUCGAGGACCACAACCGUAUGGUAGUUACGAUAUAGUACAAAGAAAUAAUACAGUUCGGCAACAUAUUAAAAAUAAUUCUAGAGUGUUAAGCAGUGAUUAUGGGUUAGAAAAUUGUCCUAAUAAUAAGACACAGCUAAUAAUGGAAUCGAUGUACAGGUCACAAAAUGUUUCAAGGAUGUUACAGAAUGCUCAGGACCUAUCCGAUAAUAUGAUUCCCAAAGUGAACAACUUGCAAAACAUUGAAAUGAUUCCCUUUCGAAAUAGUAAAAGUGCAGAAAAGAAUUCGAUGGAAAAUUAUAGUCUACAUAGUAGUCCUUCGAAGCUACAAGGUUUACAACGAGUGUCUCAGUACAUUCAAAGUCUACCUGAUCGAUCUACUUACGAAAUAUCACAAAAUGAUCUUUUUCAUCAUGAUCACAAUGAACUUUUCUUACAUAUUGACUCGAUGCCUUCACCAAAUGAGGUCGCAGAUAGCGCUUCUAGUCCAGUGCCGCCGCCACCACCUGCUCCACCUGACCCAUCAGAUUCUGAAUCAAGACUAAGAAAGAGAAGUCCAACCACUGGAGAAAGAAUAUUCAAUGCUUUGAGAUCGGUUACUUCGCAAAGUUACAUUGACGCUUCUGAGUUCUACAAGUCCGUUUUAUCUACAUCACAACAAGUGCAAAAUUUUCCAUUUACAUUUGGAGGCCAUGACCAAGCUGUAAAUGAUGAAACCCUUUGUUCUUUGGGAAACAUGCAAAACGUGUUAAUUGAUAGACAAAGUGAUACAAAUAGUAGUGAUAAUUUAAAGCAAGGGUCUGACCUCUACAGUCUUGAACUUAAUUUAACAGCUCAAAGAACCGCAGAAGAGGUUUACAACAGCUUACAAGAUCCUUCGUCAUCUCCACUGUUUCAUAGAGACUUGAAUCAAGAACAACAUUCCUACCUAACAGAUCCAAGUUUUACGAGAACAUCAGAGGAUAUUUUUAAUAGUUUUGAACAACGGAGAAAAAGCAUGGAAAAGUUAAAUGGUGUGCAGGAAUUUAUUGAACUACAAACAAAUGAACUAUCAAGAAGAAAAAGUAGUCAUGAUCUUUAUGCAGCUUUGGAAGAAGUGCAAAUGAAACGUCGAUUGUCUCAGAGUCUAGACGAAUCAUAUUUGGGGUAUAAUGUAGGCGAGUUUAUGGAAUUGGGACUUGGCAUUCGACGUAGUUCCUUACCUGAACCAGAACCUCCUCCUGAUCCAGCCACUCUGCAACGAGCAGUUAGUUUCGAAAGUGUAUGUUCUGAUACGAGUGUAACUUUAGGAGAUUUAAAUGAAGCCCCAGUUGUUGGACACGUUUGUGUUGGAUUGGAACAUGAAAGAUGGAGUGGUCGUGGUGAAGGAGAAGGUGAUCUGAUUGUAAGUGUUUUAGAAGCGAGAGACUUAGUCACAGCUGAAGCACAACCUGCGCAGGAUACGUUUGCUCGGGUAUGUUUAUUACCGAAUAGACAAACACAUUGUCAAACAAGACUCUACCGAAGUUCUUCAUCACCUAGUUACCAAGAGAAGUUUAUAUUUUCUUUAGAAGGUGGGCCUGUGAGAAGAACCCUUCUGAUAGAGAUUUUUACAUUAGAAAUGAGACUUGCAGGUGAAGCAUACCUUUUAGGAGAAGCAACUUUAAGAUUAGAUCCGUGUCCUAGACCACCAGCUACUACGUGGUUGCCUCUUAUAAGUCCUGCAUUACCUGUCCCUCAAUUAGGAGAACUUAUGUUCUCAUUAAGCUACCUUCCAACUGCUGAACGAUUAACACUUGUCGUUGUGAAAGCCAGAAAUCUUCGAGGUACAAGGAGUUUUGACGUGAAAAAAUCUGGUGAUGUAAUACCCGGUGACUUUUUUGUAAAGGUAUAUUUAUUGCAAGAAGGAAAAAAAGUACACAAAAAAAGAACAUCAAUCAAAAAAGGAGAGAAAAGCCCUAUUUUCAAUGAGGCUAUUAUUUUCAGCGUUCCAGCACAUGCUUUACAGGCAGUUCAGUUAAGGCUGACCGUAGCAGAAGUAACAGGAGACCAAAGCACAAAUGGCACGUUUUCUGUGGGUCAUGUUAUCGUAGGGUCAACAACAGCAGGAAGAGCAUUGGCACACUGGCGGCAAAUGUUAGCAGCUUUAAGACGUCCAGUUGCCAUGUGGCAUCCUCUCAGAAAAUAUUAAUAAAUUUAUUACAAUAGUGAAAAACUAGUUGCAACAUUUUUGAGAAUUUGUCAUAUUGUUAUCAAGAACAGAAUAUUAUUUUUUAAAACUUUCAGUUUUAGAAAUUAUUUUAUUAGUCAGAAGUAGAUAAAAUUAUUUUACUUAAAGCUAAUUUAAAAAAAUAACGUAUUAGAGUUAAAAGUUGAUAUGUGAAUUUUAUUUAUUAUAUUAGAUAAUUAUAAUAUAGUUACAUUAUUUUGAAAAGAAUUGAUCUAAUUGAAAGACUGGUACAAUAUUAACAUCGUUUUUCUCUAAUAUACAUAUAUAUAUAUAUACGUGUUUUUCACAUAUUUAAUUUUUCACAAAUAACGAUAUACAUUUGCAUAUAACACGAUUACUUAAAAAAAUUUCUAUUGCAAGCCACAAGUUUCGAUGUUUACAAUCAUAGACUGAAAAUUCAUUAAUUUGAAUUGCACACAAAAAAUUAUGAAUUAGUGGCGUAAAGAAUGGUUAAUUAAAGGUGAAAAGUAUAAUUACAAAUACUUAUUGAAAGGAAUCAAAAAGUACAUAUUUUAAAAAUACAAGUUGAUUGAAAUUUAGAAAGGCUUAAGAAAUCUAAAUUCUUACAAUUUAAUAAUAAAGUCCGAUUGGCUUGCAUAUGGCUAGUAUAUAAUCAAAGUGCAAAAUUCCAAUUUUGUGUUGAAUCGUUUUUUUUUAAUUUCUAUACAUUAUUAUUUAUUUACAAUGUAAGUAAUACAAUCAUUAGCUAUUUUUAAUGAAUGUAAUGUAAAUAACUGAUAACAUGAAUAAUGUUAAAUUUUUUGAUCCCCUGAUGUCACUGAUUCUGCCUUAUAUUCCUGAUAUACUGUAACUUACAACUAAUUCAUGUAGGCAACUCUUAUCAUAUUUCUUACCACUAAAUGAUUUAAAAUACUUUACUACUAUCGCAUUAAGAUAGGAUUAAAAAGUUUUAACAGGAUAAUGUCAUAUAUAAAAUUCAAUGCAAUAAUUGUAAAAGUGUCUAGUUUAAAAAUGAUAAAAAUCUCUAGGUAAAAGAGUUUAUGGACAUAUAAUUAUUCAGAUAUUUGUAAAUAAACAAGAGAUGCUACUUGAUUUUUAGAUUUUUUGCUUUUCUUUGAUUAAAUUUAAAUAACUUUGACCAAAGUAAAGUAAAAAUUCUUUACACUAAAUAUUUCUUCAUAGACUAAAUAUUUUAGAAAUCUUUCAUAUUGUUAAAGUCAGAAGUUCUGUUAACUUCAGAAUUGACAAGGAAAACCUAUCGAUAAUGCACAUUGACAUUAUCAACACUUUAAAUAAUUUUUCAGGAAGUAAGUUAUUUAUAUCUUUUGUUUUUACCUGAUAUAUUUAUUAAGUUAAAUAUGUAUUUCUGUUUUUUUUUAAAAAGCUAACUUUUUUAUUCAAAAGGCACUUACAAAUUUUUGUGCAACAAAUUUUAUAAUAAAGGUGUACAUAUUACUUAACCUUUUUUAUCUUUAUUCAUUUUAUAAAGCACUGUCCAGGAUGCGUUUUUUAUUAAAGACGUAAAUAUGAACGCAAUCAUAAGAUUGAGUUAGAGAAGGAAGUACAUAUAUAUAUUUGACCGCGUCUGAGAAAAAGGACCUUAUGACCAAAAAAUUUUUUUAACCCGGGACUAAUUGCAUUUCAUUUUAAGGACCUUAAAGUGUAAAAAAUGGCUAAGUCUAAAAAUCGAUUUUUUUUGUCAUAAAGUUCCUUUUCUCAGACGUGGUCACAUAUAUGUGCUUCUUUAACUCAUUCUUGAAAUAAAAUAUUUUCUGAACAGUUCUUUAACAAAUAUUGCUUCUAUGACUUUCUAGUUCAAAGAUGUUUAUUUAUUUAAUUUUUUAUGAUUCUUCUGAAAGCAAUAACCAAUAUUUUAAAAAAGUACACCUGUAUUAACCCCAUGAUAGAGUAUCUAUGAAUAUUUUUCAGAAUUGACAUAUAUUUUUGAUUUUUAGUUUAAAAAUACUAUUAAGAGCAAUUCGAAGUCGUAGUGCAAUUAAAACUUUUUUCGUGAAAAUAUGAAAAUAUUUUCGUAUUUUAAAGUAUGAAAAUCGCAACGACUUUGAUAUGCCCUUAAUAAUAGUAGCAAUAUAAUAUAUUAUAUUUAUACUUUUUACAGUAAAUUAUGAUUGUUGACUAUUCUUUACGUAAAAGAAAUAAAAACCAACGUUUAUAUAUUGUAAUCCUGAUGAGCCAUGUUCUAUGUCAAAAAUGCAUUCGCGUAAUGUAA